GCAUGGCCGCCUGCUUGGCGAGGCUGAGGGGCGGGCCGCCGCGGGGCGGGAAGGGAUUCAUGAGCCCCGCUAACUUCGGCGUGGAGUCUUGAACGAAUGCUGAGUGCGUGGGAAGUGCUGCUCGCAAGAGGAAAUGACAUACCUCACUUCAUAAGACAGAAGUGUGUUUUGACAUUCCACUCUCUGCCUGGCCUGCCUGUACAUACAUGUGUGUCUAAUCAGUGGAUCCAGAAAGUCCCAGAGACCCAGCUAUGGAAGACAAACCGUUGGUGAUAUCAAAACAGAAGACUGAAGUGGUGUGUGGGGUCCCCACUCAGGUGGUCUGCACAGCCUUCAGCAGUCAUAUCCUGGUGGUGGUUACCCAGUUCGGGAAGAUGGGUACCCUGGUCUCCCUGGAACCUAGCAACGUCACCAGUGACAUCAGCAAGCCCAUGCUCACCACUAAAGUCCUUCUCGGCCAGGAUGAGCCACUCAUCCAUGUCUUUGCAAAGAACCUGGUGACAUUUGUGUCUCAAGAAGCCGGAAACAAAGCAGUUCUCCUAGCCAUGGCCAUGAAGGACAAAAGCAUGGAGGGGGUGAAGGCAUUGAGGGAGGUGAUCCAGAUGUGCCAGGUGUGGUGAUUAUCAGCCACACCUACUCAGCAGAGCCAGGUGGAAAUAAAACAUCAUCUCAAUGAUUUGAAGACCACUCCCCACCCCUUCAUUCCCUCAGAAGGCUGUAGACAUUUGGCUGUCUUUGGCUGUAGACAUUCAGAAGAAAUAUGCACAUCUCAGCCAGAGACUCUUUGUUAGGUCACUAAUAACAUCCAUGAAUGGAAGUGGGGAGGCAGAAUGUGUCUUGGGGGUAUUGUGAAUGGUUCUCACCAGGGUCCAAAUCAUUGCAUGUAUUUGAAAAUGGAAAG